GCAGAGCGCUGGAGUCGCGAGGAGCGCAAGUGGAGUCGAGACGCGGGAACUGACAGAGCGCGAGCUCCGCGGAUGAGACCCUAACGGUUUAAAAACUGAGGAGCUCGGCGGAAAGUCACCGAGUCACGGCGCUUCUUACCGGCCGAACGCGAACUGCAGCGAUUCCCCGAGAACCGAAGAAGCAGGUGUUCGGAGCCAUGCCCUGUGUCCAGGCUCAGUACGGAAGCUCUCCGCCGGGCGCCAGUCCCGCGUGCCAGACCUACACGUACAGCGCGGCGGCGGGAGACUACAGCUGCGACCUGCUCACCCCGGAGUUCGUCAAGUUCAGCAUGGACCUGACCAACGCCGAGAUCGCCUCUGCGCUGCCCAGCUUCAGCACGUUCGCGGAGGGCACCGGCGGCACGAGCUACGACUCGAAGGCGCCCUGCCUCUACCAGGCGGCCCACUCCGGAGAGCACCUGUGCAUCAAAGCCGAGGACAUGCACGCGCACGGCUACCCGCCCCAAGCCGAAGACGGGACGUCGUCCCACGGCGGAUACUACAAACCGGCUGCUCCGGGCUUCUCCGCGCAUCCGCCACCUCCUCCACCUCCGCCGCCGCCGUCGCACCACGUGUGGGAAGACGCAGGCUCGCUGCACGCCUUCUCCCACGGCUACCUGGCCGCGUCUCACGUGAUGGAGCAGCAGCGGAAGGACGCCGUGUCCCGGCUGUUCUCCUUCAAGCAGAGUCCCGCCGGUGCGCCGCCGCCCAUCAGCGCCUGCCACGUGCGCUUCGACGGCGCUCCGGCUGCGCACCGGCCUCUGGAGAGCGCGGGCUUCAGCGUGCCGGCGGCGCUCAGGAAGCAGCACGGCGUGGGCUUCCCACACCCGCUCCACGUCGGGCACGCGCACGCGCUCACCGAGAGCCCGGUGAGCUCGCCGCCGUGCCGGGGAUCCCCGUCCAGCGAGGGCUUGUGCGCCGUGUGCGGAGACAACGCCGCCUGCCAGCACUACGGAGUGCGCACGUGCGAGGGCUGCAAGGGCUUUUUCAAGCGCACGGUGCAGAAAAACGCCAAAUAUGUUUGCCUGGCCAACAAAAACUGCCCCGUUGAUAAAAGGCGGAGGAACAGAUGCCAGUACUGCCGAUUUCAGAAGUGUCUGGUGGUGGGGAUGGUGAAAGAAGUUGUACGAACAGACAGUCUAAAAGGUCGAAGGGGUCGGCUCCCGUCCAAACCCAAGAGUCCACAGGACGUCCCGAGCUCCUUGUCGCCUGCCAGUCUCCUGAGUGCCCUGGUAAGGGCCCACAUGGACUCCAACCCCUCCAUAGGCCGCCUGGAUUACUCUAAAUUUCAGGUAAGCCCCGACUACCACAGUGCUGCAGAUGAAAGCCUCCACGUCCAGCAGUUUUAUGAUCUCCUAACGGGGUCCAUGAGCAUCAUCCGUGGAUGGGCAGAGAAGAUGCCAGGCUUUACUGAUCUCCCCAAAUGCGACCAGGAGCUGCUCUUCGAGUCAGCCUUCCUGGAACUUUUUGUUCUGCGGUUGGCAUACAGAUCGAACAUAGCAGAAGAUAAGCUCAUUUUUUGCAACGGCGUGGUCUUGCAUAAGCUGCAGUGCGUGCGAGCCUUCGGAGAGUGGAUCGACUCCAUUGUGGAAUUCUCCGCCAACCUUCAGAGCAUGAACAUGGACGUUUCUUCCUUCUCCUGCAUGGCUGCCCUUACAAUGCUAACAGAGAGGCACGGCCUUAAAGAGCCCAAGAAGAUGGAGGAGCUUCAAAGCAAGAUUUUAAGCUGCUUGAAGGAACACGUGUCCUGUAACGGCGGUGCCCUGAACUGCCAAAGUCAUUUGUCGAAACUGCUGAGCAAGUUGCCGGAGCUGCGCACCCUGUGCACGCAGGGACUGCAGCGCAUCUUUUACCUGAAGCUCGAAGAUUUGGUUCCCACGCCUGCCACCAUCGACAAACUCUUUCACGACACGUUACCGUUCUGAACGUGGGCCUGCUUCCGGACUGUGACCUUCCACUGGACUUUUCUGAGGCCACCACGCCGCAGCCUCGGAUACACCAACACACAAAGGAGGUUUUCUCACACUCUUGUUCAAGUGCUUGGAGAUGGGCGCCCUGUUUUUUCCCCCAUCUGUACUUGACAAACCCUGUCUCCUACCAGUAUUGGCUAGUAGAAGGGUCCGGGACCACAUCCCAGCACAGUUUAGCCCUCACCUGAUUGAACACAUGUUCAAUGAUAUGCACUGGGUGGGUUAGAGAAGCAUCUACAACAAACUACUGACAAUAAGCAGUGAACUACUAGCCAAUCCUAGUUUAGGAGGGUUUGUGAAUAUGUACCACGACACAGCCUGAGCACUGGAAGCUUUGCAAGCAUCAACUACUCCAGUUAUUGCGAAUAUGAACUAUUCUCAGUGCAGGAGGCAGGAAUGGUUUGCCGGAAUAUGGGUGGGAAAAAAAUAGAGGCGCACUGAAGACGAGCCAGGAAUAAAGUAAAGACAUAAAACACGACAAGAUGGACAGUUUUUGUGGGAAAGGGACAAAUGUCGUGCUUGUUAAUAGUUUAUCCAUCGAAAUAACUCUAACACGUUGAUUUGAAGCGCGGUUUAAAUGUGUUUGUAUUGUUAUGCGUCACAUAUUCAUAUGAAACUUGUCUACUAGCAAAGAAAAAAGGCAACUGGACCUUUAAAGGGAACUUGCAUCCCAACAUUAAUUAUUCUGGAUUUGAUCUCGUUCAGAGAGGGUCAGGAACGUGAGGAGACCUGUGUUUCUCAUUUAAAAGUGUCAAACCCUGCUGUCUUUAUUUUUCUCCAACCAUAUUUGUUAUUUUUUUUACAGAUCUCGAAAUAUGCAUGGAGUUUAUGAGCUAACCUUCUCCAGCACUUUGUAAUUUCAUAUUGAAAUAACGUUUCUUCUGUGCGUAUUGUUUCAGUUUCCUAACACGUUUCUCUCCAUGGUUUUUAUUCACUGACGAACUGAUACGAAGCUCAAGUUUUUAGCCUUUGCGCCUGCUUCUUACUCGAAUUUCGCCGUUCCACCUUAAAUGGUGCAGCAGUUGCAUUGUGUGCACCAUUUAAGGUGGAACGGCGAAAUUCGAAUAAGAAGCUGGCGAAAAGGAAGCCAACUUCAGCCUCGUUUACCUGAUGUGGUUUUGCAGCGCAGUCUGUGUGUAUCAUAAAGGUACCCGGUAUGAAUCGUGCUUUGCAAAAAUAAACCCGUGAAGUCAAA